AUCAAGAAGACAAAACAUCCGAAGAAGACGAAGUGACGCCGCAGCGCUGCUUAUCUUCCGUUAAUUAUGAAGUAGCUAGGUGGAAGCUAGCAAAGUGUCAAUUACCGAGUUGUGUUGGAGUAUUUUUUUCUUGAUAUGGGCAAGAGGGACAAUCGUGUGGCUUACAUCAACCCCAUUGCAGCUGCUAGAGCUAGGGGGCCAGCGCAGGCCUCAGGACCAACCAUACAGGAUUACCUGAGCAGACCUCGACCAACAUGGGAAGAACUAAAAGAGCAACUGGAGAAGAAAAAGAAAGGGUCGAGAGCCCUGGCUGACUUUGAGGAUAAAAUGAAUGAGAAAUGGCGGAAAGAGCUGGCAAAACACAGAGCAAAAUUACUAACUGACAAAGACAGAGACAAAAAAUCUGUAGACCGGGAAAAAGAGGACAAAAAAGAAAAGAAAGAGAAAAAGAAGAAGGAGAAGAAGAAAUCCAGCAGGCAUUCUUCAUCUUCCUCCUCCUCCUCAUCGAGUUCUGAUUCCUCCAGCAGCUCCUCUUCAGAGUCUGAAGAUGAGGACAGAAAGAAAAGCACGAAGAAAAAGAGGAAGAGAAAAAAAACUUCAGCCCGAAGAGCAUCUGACAGCCUGGAGGAGGAUUCAGAGAAAAGGAAACAAAUAAAAGAAGAGCUGGACAGAGAUGAGGAUGAAAAGGUAUUUCGGAAAAAAAGGAAGGCUGAAAGAAGUCACAAAUAUUCAUCCUCAGAGUCUGCUGUAGAUUCAGACGGGGAGGAGAUGGGUGAAGCCAAGAAAAAAAAGAGAAGCAGUGAGGAGGAGAAAUUCUCAGAAAAAUCUAAGAAGAAGAGGAAAAAGAAGCACAAGAAACACGGCAGGAAAAAGAAAAAGAAAGCAGCGUCUCAGUCGGACUCUGACUUUAGCUAACAGUGCUCUUCUUUUCCUGACAAUUUUCAUGUCAUAUAAUUUUGAAUUUGACUUCCAAACUGGUGAAUGAGGAGACGUGAUGGUGCAGUCCAAGGAUUAAAGUUAGAUCAAGCAAGGCCGUUUUGAUAUGCAGGUACAUAUUUUAUCGACUUUUUUUUGAGAAUAACUUUUCAUUUGUAGGUUGCAUUCAGUAACAGGACUGAUAAGAACAUCAAUAUUUUUUUUCUUAUAUUUGGUCAUAUUCUGCACCCAGAAACCCCCUCUUUCAGUAAGCGGGUCCUCGGAGAGUUCUUCCCUCUGUUUCUAGGCAGGUUUCUCCUUUCACUGCACAGGGCUUUUUCUGCUGGUGCAUGUGUCAUGCAUGUAGACGAUCUGAUGUCUUGCCAGCCUCACAUUGAAGUUGCAUUGUGCUAUGAGACAUGUUGGCUUUUCAACUAACGUGCAAAGUUGACUUGUUCCAGUAGAUGAAAUGUUACACUACAGUGUAAAUGUAUUUACCAGUGACAAUAAAGUGUUUCAGCCUUUGUUGCUGAGAGAUACAAC